AUGAUCAUACCAAUAUACCAGGUCGGUGCCUUUACCGAUCGAUUGUUUGGUGGCAACCCGGCGGCAGUAUGCGCAUUAGACAAAUGGUUAUCCGAUUCAUUGAUGCAGAAAAUUGCUGCUGAAAACAAUCUUUCUGAAACGGCUUUCUUUGUACCAAAUUUCAGCAAUGACAAAUAUGAACUUCGCUGGUUUACGCCCAAACAGGAAGUAGACCUAUGCGGUCAUGCAACAUUGGCGACGGCGCAUAUUAUUUUCAGUGAAAUGUCUCCUACAAAAGAGAAAAUCACCUUUCAGACCAAGAAAGCUGGUGAACUUACAGUUACCCGCCAAAAGGAGAAUGCUUUAUAUACCCUCAAUUUUCCAGCCCGUCCGGCAGAUAAAGCCGAUUUACCUAAUGCAUUGUUGUCAGCCUUACGCAGCGGAAUAGCUCCCAUCGGCGUUUAUAAAGCGAGAGACUAUUUGCUCGUUUAUGAAAACGAGGCCGACAUCAAACAAUUGUCGCCGGAUUUUAUGGCAUUAGGCAAAAUUGAUGCUGUUUUUGCGGUGAUUGUUACAGCUCCUGGUGAUGAAGUCGAUUUUGUUUCGCGAUUCUUUGCUCCGAGCGCCGGCGUUCCUGAAGAUCCCGUUUGUGGUUCAGCACAUUGCACUCUAACUCCUUAUUGGGCUGAACGAUUGGGUAAGAACAAGCUGCACGCUUACCAGAUUUCGGCGCGUAAAGGAGAACUUUGGUGCGAAAACAUAGGCGACAGAGUGCUGAUAUCGGGCAAAGCGGUUACCUAUUUAAAAGGGGAAAUAGACAUUUGA